AUGCAAUGUCAGCAGAAGGGCUCCCAAGCUCUCAAUUUAGGGUUUGAGGACCAGAAGAGCCUGCAGACUGGACGAUAUAUUGUUGAUCCGGCUCUUCUGUUCAGCGAAACGCCUGUAGCCAGCAAGUGCGUCUUAUGCAAGCAGCCUCUCUUGAUCAAAAGCGCGCAAGAAGCGACACACAGAAUCACUUUCCGCAAGUCUCAGCAGUCUCUCCUUGGGUUUGCCAUCUCGUCGGCUGUCAAAUGCAAACAACGCGCGCAGCCUUUGUGUCUUUCUUGCGUGCAACACUGGGUUGGCAUUGUUCAUGUGAGCGAGAGGUCAGUGACAGUAUCACAAAAGCAGGCCGCAACCAGUGAGACGUGGUUCAAGCGUGAAUCAAAGAGCACUCCCUGGAAGCAGGUCAAAGAGCUCACAAGCGGUUACAUAGAGGAGUUGGCGGUGCAAGAUGCGUUGAGCAGACAGUCAGUCACAGGCAAGGUAGCAAAAUCCGCUGCAGAGAGCGCGCUCAACAGGGGGAAAACUGCUGGAGCGGACGUUAAGCGCAAGUUGCAGGAAGACCCCUCUACAUCAGGCGCCGAGUGUCCAGACAGCAAGGAGCGCUGUCAUGCCGAUGGCGCGGCAGUUUCUUCUCUCACCUCUCAGGCGACGAAGUUCCUCGCGGGCGUUCAGAACGGGACGUGCUCGAUCUAUGAGCUGGGAGACGGUUCUGAACGGGGAGACGAGGGUUCCCCUGGCCUGGUCUUCCUCAUGACCGUCUGGGCAAAUGGCAGGCCAAAGCCGCUUGGACGACCGAGCAAAUCCACAGCCCUGCUCGAAACGGUCCACUGGGACACCCUUGGGAAGCCCAGCUGUACCUGCGACCGCGGGCGCCUGGGUCCGGAUGCUCCAUGCGUCCACAAGUUGGCGCUCGCGGCUUUGGGGUCGCGCCAGCAAGCCAGCCACGUUGCGCUCCAGAAGGGCAGGCGGGUUAUCAAGGUUCCGUGCAGCAGAGGGGCUGAGCGGGUCUUUGUCGUCUACUGGAAUGCAGCUUCCCCUUCUCCCAAGCGGACGAUGGUGCACAAGGAUGAGGGCGCGGGGGAGGAGUGGUACUGCCAGGGCAAGCAGUCGGGUUGCAGCACGUCGGGAGACUGCGACCACAUACGCGCUGUCAAAGACGCUCUUCGGAAUCCAGGCAGAGGCAUCGUGCGAGUCACGGUGAGCGGCUGCUUGUUCUCCAAUGACCAGCUGGCAAGGGCACGUGCCUGGUUGCUCGAAACGGACCGGAAGGAGGAGAGGGAACGGGCGCCGGAGUCGAAAGAGGGAAGCUCAGCAGAAGGGUCGUCCGGCCUGUCUUCGGUCGAACGGUACUUGAUGGAGCUUGUCGUGGGCCAGCCUCAUGAGGCCGCAAGCUGCAAAGGGGCCUCGUGCUUCUGCAAGCAGCACCAGCAGCUCUUCGGUGGGGCAGAUUUUGAGCGGGGGACUUGCGAGAACGGGUGCUGCCAAGUCGGGACUGACGCGCGCGAGGCCGGGGGGAAGAGAGGAAGACAGGAGCCGGGAGGUCGUGGCUCAGAACGGGUGCCAAAGCGGUCGAAAACGUUCUGGGCAACUCAGUCAGAGCGGGAAGGUGGGCAAUUGACAGAAACGGGGGUGCUGCAAGCUGAAAAGGAGGAGGUUGUGCCCACGCACACCGCGCCACAGGCGUUGAGUGGAGGGGACGGAAGGGACGCCAUGAGCGGCGUAACCAGAGUGUGCACAAGCUGCGUAUGCCCGGCUUUGGCUUGCCCCCAUGUUGCCGGGAGUCCGCUCUGGGCUCCGGUACUGCCCUUCGACGCGAAAGGUGUGCAGCUCGAGCUCCCCAAGCUGGUCCGGCCGACUGACAGCUUCGAGGUGCACGAUCCGCUGGUGACGUCGCUGCGCAUCGGAUAA